AUGAACCUGAUGGAGUUUAAUCAGACUGAUGGCUGUGAUCAUUUCUCCUGUCCAGAGAGAUCUGUAUCUCCUGCAGUUUAUAUCUUACUGUACAUGUGUUCAGCUGCUGUGGUUCUGCUAACAGUGUGUGGAAAUCUGUUCAUCAUCAUCUCUGUUCUUCACUUCAAGCAGCUUCAAACACCAACAAACAUGCUGCUGCUCUCUCUGGCUGUGUCGGAUUUUCUUGUUGGUGCUUUAGUGAUGCCACCAAUGUGCAUCUGGAUGAUUGAGUCAUGUUGGAUUUUUGAUAAGGGGUACUGCAUCUGUUUUUUAAUGAUCUCUUAUUUUAUAACAAGUUUAUCCAUCUAUAAUGUUGCUCUGAUUGCUGUAGAUCGGUAUUUGGCUCUCUCAGACCCUUUCCUCUACAUAAACAUAAUGUCCAGCAGGACUAUGUGCAUUGUGGUUUCUUCUAACUGGUGUGUUUGUCUGGUGUAUAACACAGUAUUUUAUUAUUUCAAUGGAAGCUUUGCAGGUUUUGUAAUGUGUCCUGGGGAGUGUUAUCUUUUUCUGAAUGAAGUUUUAUUUGUAAUUGAUCUUGUAGUAACAUUAAUAUUCCCACUUUCUGUUAUAAUCAUAUUGUAUACUCAAGUUUUUCUAAUUGCUAAGAAACAUGCCACUGCUAUCAGAGAGCUUAAUAAUCACACACGGCCUAAAACACAGAAAAUCACCUCACACUCCAUGAAAACUGAGAGAAAAGCAGCUAAAGUCCUCGGUGUUUUAGUGUCUGUGUUUCUGGUGUGUUUACUUCCAUAUUUUAUUUACAGUUUAUUAGGGAAUGUUAUUGAACUACAGCCAGAAACCUUUCAGAAACUUGCAAUUGUGCUUUAUCUUAAUUCCACCAUUAAUCCAAUUAUUUAUUCUCUGUUUUACCCGUGGUUCAGGAGGUGUGUUAAAUUGACUAUUACUUUGCAAAUAUUCAAAAAAGACUCUGCAUUAAUCAAUGUUCUGUCAUGA